GGGUGGGAACUUACAAAAAUCAAGAGUAAAGAAGCCCAACUGAACUUGAAAAAUGGCAGGCUUCCUAGACAAUUUCCGUUGGCCUGAAUGUGAAUGUAUAGAUUGGGGUGAAAGAAGAAAUACAGUUGCUUCUGUGGUGGCUGGGAUCUUGAUUACUAAAGAGACCUCCAUAAUUUUAUAUCUAUAACAUUUUACAAAAAAAAAUAAAUAUGGAUGGAUUCUCAGUUCUAAUAAUGAAGCAAGUUGACCUCUUUCUAAUGAUGAUGCCUUAGAUCCUCACCAAUAUGAGAAUUCUUGCAUUAUUGUGUUAAUGGUACAAUAUCCAUUGGCAAGGAAUUGGAAGGAGAAGUGGUAACUAGCUACUGGUUCUCUGUGACCUUUGUAGACCUGCAAAUGGUACAGCAGAAUACUGAAAGUUCACAUGCUUCAUGGUUUUUUACAGGCUGGUGGAUAAUGAUAGAUGCUGCAGUAGCUUACCCUGAGCCAGAAGAAAUGAAUCAUGCAUUUCACACUUGUGGAGUAUUUUCCACGCUAGCUUUUUUCAUGAUAAAUGCUGUAUCAAAUGCUCAAGUAAGAGGUGACAGUUAUGGUGAUGGAUGUUUAGGAAGAACAGGUGCUCGUGUCUGGCUCUUCAUUGGCUUCAUGUUGAUGUUUGGCUCACUUAUUGCUUCUAUAUGGAUCCUUUUUGGAGCAUAUGUUACCCAAAAUAUUACUGUAUACCCGGGAUUAGCUGUGUUUUUUCAAAAUGCUUUGAUAUUUUUUAGUACUCUUAUCUACAAAUUUGGAAGAACAGAAGAAUUGUGGGCGUAAGAAUCCGUUUUUCUUCAUCCUGCCUAGCAACUUUUUAUGUAAAUAAUAUAAUUUAAUUUUGUUUUUAUUUUGCCAAGCUCAUUGAAUUACAUGUUUAUUUUUUUGAAAAGUGUACUGAUUUUAGGAUUUUAUUCCAAAUUUUUGGUAGAACAAAUUUGUUCAUACGUAUAUAUGGUUAUCUAUAAUCUAUGACCUUAACCCUUUAUUGCAACAGGCAUUGUUUUGUUCUGAUGAUACAUAGAGAAUAUUAUAUACGUUUUUCAAGAACACCUACUGCUCUUAAGCACAAAUAAGCCUAGUAUCUUUUCAGA